CAUCGCAGCGGCGACAGGACUACAUUUCCCAGAGUUUCGGGCGCGGAAUGGCGGCGGCUGGUGGCGCUGGGGAGUCGUGAGAGGCGACUCCGGCUCCAGCGCUGACACCGGCACCAGCACCAGGAGCAGGAUGUAUACACUGCUGUCAGGGCUCUAUAAAUACAUGUUCCAGAGGGAUGAGUACUGUGUCCUGAUCCUGGGUUUGGACAAUGCUGGUAAAACUACCUUCCUUGAACAAACUAAAACCCGAUUUAACAAGAACUACAAAGGGAUGAGUUUGUCCAAAAUCACAACCACUGUAGGCUUAAACAUUGGAACUAUUGAUGUUGGCAAAACUCGGCUCAUGUUCUGGGACCUUGGUGGGCAGGAGGAGCUGCAGUCACUUUGGGAUAAGUACUAUGCUGAAUCUCAUGGGGUGAUCUAUGUUAUUGACUCCACUGAUGAGGAGAGGCUCUCUGAGUCCAAAAGAGCUUUUGAGAAGAUGAUUACCAGUGAAGCUCUGGAAGGGGUUCCCAUUCUGGUGUUGGCCAACAAGCAGGAUGUAGAGGUAAAUUCCAUUCUGAUGGUUGAUUACUCUUGAGAUGACUGAAGAGCCUCUACUUGAGAUUUUGUGCAUGCUUCUGGAUUUAUCCUGACAGGAGAGCAGGCAGCAGCACUGUCUUUGCUCCAGUGCAUUUGGGAAAUGGGCAAAGGCUCUACAAUGCCACCUUUACUGACUAAAACUUGCCUUGCUGUUUGAUAGAUUUUUAGGUGUGCCAUUGCUGAGUCUUACUUUGGGUAAUGCUAUUCUGAACCCUUCACAGGAGGAGUUUGGUUCAGUCCUGGCUAAAUUAUGCCUGGAGGAGCCUUCAUCAAAAUCUGUUUUCCAGUGUGUUAUUUUGGGGAAGCUGAAAUGGCAAUCUGGUUUGUCUGUGUUGUGUGUGAGGUUCCUGUGAACUGCCUGAGGGAUGCCAUCAUUCCUGAGAGGUCACUGUGGAUUGUGCUAUUGUAAUGGAGCACUCCUGAUGGGAUCACAGAGCCAGCUUCCCUUCUUUGCCCUUGGCUUAUGGGUUUGCAGCUGAGGAACAAAGCACAUCUGUAAACAAAUACUUUGUAAUGUGUCUGGGGAGUAGGGGAACUUGGAAGCCACAGCUGACAUUUUCCCCUGAGCAUGAGAAGCUCAGGUGCCCCUUGCUGAAGUGGUGGAGAAUCAGCCCCUGCUGUCACAUGAGAUUCCAGUCCAUGGCUUUCCCUGGAACACUAAAACAAGGCAUUGAUACUUUGGUGUCACCUGUCUGCUGUGCUGCUCUGUUUCAUCCCAAGGGGAAGUGAUAAAAUGAUGUUCCUCAACAUAGGAUUGGUGAUGCAGUGGCAUCCUGCUGUGACAGUGUGAAUGGUGCAAAGUCUCCUCAGAAGCAAAACUCCUCCUGAUGCAGAUUUCCAUGGAAAGCCAUGACUGGGUAGCUCUGUGAAGGUGGGGCAGGCCACAGCUCUACCAGAAGGUGGGAAAGGGAAGUUAUAACAAUGGUUUAUUUAUACUGGGAGAUAAAAAAGGCUGUAAUUGUUAGCUGUUCUGGGAAAAGUGGACUCCUAAAGGCUUCAAGGAUGGGCAAGGUGAAGGAUGUGGGUUCUCUGUGCUGCUGGGUACGUGCAGGUGUCCUGGUCUGCUGGUGGUGUUGGGAAGUUCAUUGCCUGAUUGCUUUGCUACCUGUGCUAGUAGAAAUUGAAUCAAGGAUGGCAUGACUGUGCUCUCUAGUGUUACUUUGUACUUUGAACUCUUUGUCUGAUUUAUUUUAAAAUAUUUUAAAAUGUAUCAUUCAGAAAAGGAGAAGGAAAGGUAGACUCAAGAAGAAGAAGAAAGCAUAUACUCAAAAGUAUAUAAUUAUACAACGAUAUUCAACUCUGAGAAGCUUCAAGUAUAUUUCAAGAAACAUUUGUUCAAUUUCAGCUGCCAAGUCUCAUUGACUGAAAAAAACAAAGAUGUGGAAAAUAGCUCAGAUUACUGACAUGCUUCUCCUUCCCAGUUGUUGGGUAAUUGACGUGUCUGGGGCUUUGGGUUAACCAGGAGCAUUUGGACCUGCCUUUCUUACUGGGCAGUGGACACCAUACCAGGCUUUUACAAACCAGUAGAGAAUGGUUGCCUGGUUGGUUGCUUGGUUGCUUGUAAUUUCUUGCCCAUCUUGCAGACCUGCUGGUUUGAAUUCCAGCUCCCAAGCCCAGUCUGACUCCCUCUAAAGUUAGUAAUUGUUGUUGUUGGGUUUUUUUUAAUUAACUGUGUAUCCUGUGGCUGACAGCUCAUCUGUAUGAACUGCACAUUUUUCUCUUGUCAAAAAUCCUGAUCUAAAUUGUUGAGGGUUCUGCAGAAUGAUGUCAGUAACGUUUUUGGAUACAGUUUCCAGGUCACUGAUUGAAAGGGCAAGUUUAAAAUGCAGCUGAGGUCAUAAGAAAGUACAGUCAUCAAAAGCUGCGCAGUUAAUGGAGCCAUGGGCACUGGAUGAAUUGGGUGUUCUUAAACUCCUUGCAAGCCAUUUCUUAAGAUCCCUUCCUACGUAUAAGCAAUGGAAUCUACCUCUGUUGUCCACAAAAAUGUCCUGUAUUUAAUUUCUCCAGAAUCAGUGUUUUGCAAAUGGAUGGCUGGUAACAAUUUUCAUAUUUCUGUUCUCUCAGAGUUCACAUUCACUUGGCCUAUCCUCAGGACUCACAGAGGGUCCAGUUUGGCAUUUGU